GCAGUCUACCAACUCCAUUGUCAAACUCACACACAAAAAGCAGAACAAAUCACUGUAGUGUCAUAUUAUAACCAUUAAUAAGACAACCAAGUCAAAUGAAGAAAUAACGUAGAACUUUUAAUACUAGAUUGCGAGCUUAUUACUUCACCACCUCAGAUUUCUAAUCAAUUGCAGAUGUUAGAGGACAUAUAAUCAUAAUCUGAAGUCUCAUCUGCUUUGAGGAUUUCUCUUUCUGGAACCCACAACUACUGAUGGAAGAGAGGACGGGUAUAGUUAAACCAGUUGCUUGUAGGCCGACGGUUAGGGCUAUCUCGGUGUUACUUUCUGCUAACAUCAAUGCUUCGACCUCGAAUUCAACUUCUCAACCCGUGGUUCUUGCCACUAGACCGAAAACAGUGAGGGUUAAGCCUGUGGUUAAGUUGAUUUCCUCCAAGGAUAAGGCACUUGGAACAACAGUUUCGUCUUCGUUGGACAGAGAUCUGAAGGUGGAAAAUAAAUCUACUGUGGUGUACAAACCCUUGGCAAAGCUGGUUUCGAAGAGGACUAUUUCUCUCCUAGCAAAUAUGGAGAAUUCCUGCUUUCAACACCAUGAAGCACUACCUCAGAGUGACCCCUGCAGUCCAUCUCCUAACCAAGUUCAUUGCCAUCUUAAAUCUGAAAAUAACCUGAACGGUAGUAGUAAUAAGACAACAACAUCAGAAUCUAAGAGAGAAAUUAAACCCCUACAAAGGAUGGUGGCAGAAGACAGCUCCAAAGAAUAUAAAGAUAAACUGCUCCCUACAAAUACAGUAGAUAGGCCUUCUUAUGAUGGAUAUAACUGGAGAAAAUAUGGACAAAAGCAUGUUAAAGGAAGUGAGUAUCCACGUAGUUACUAUAAAUGUACACACCCAAAUUGUCCAGUCAAAAAGAAGGUUGAAAGAUCAUUGGAUGGACAGAUAGCAGAAAUCGUGUACCAGGGUGAGCACCAUCAUUCCAAACCCAAGCUUCAUAAGCGCAACACAUUAGAGGGUGAAGGGCAAGGAUUUGUAUCUGGGGCAACUGGUCAAGAAUCAAAUUACUCAUUAUCAAAUAGUAACCUAAAUGAGAAGAAUGAGGGUUCUGAAUGUAGGUCUGAUGAUCAGAAUGGAGCCGAAGUACCUUCCAGUUCUUCUAAUAUAAGCAAAGGACUAUCUUGUUGCGAUCCUAUGAAAGCCUUGGCUAUCGGAGGCCGUUCUAUAAGUACUAAUGAUCUUCAUGCUCUUACUAGGGAUUGCGAGGAGUAUACUGAGGGAGCUGAAGUAGAGGGUGAUGAACCUACAAGUAAGAGAAGGAAAAAUAAGAAUAAAUUAUAUGAAGCUGGCAUACAAGAGGAAGGCCUACAAAUUUCUAAUGGCGUGGUCCAGAGUUCCAAUGAUUCUGAGCUUAUAGGGGAUGGUUUUCGUUGGAGAAAAUAUGGGCAGAAAAUCGUCAAGGGAAACCCAAACCCCAGAAGUUACUAUAGGUGCACCGGUCUCAGGUGCAAUGUGCGCAAGCAUGUCGAAAGAGCAUCAGAUGAUCCAACAGCCUUUAUCACAACAUACGAGGGAAAACAUAAUCAUCACAAGCCGCCAGUCAAUAACAAGAAUCUAGUGGCAUCUGGACCAGAUUCGAAGGGUACUCCUGUUUCUUUAAAGACUGAUAUUGAGAACUAAUUCCCGCUUCAUAAACAGUUUAACCAACUAAUUGAAGUGUAGUUGAAUACUAGAAGGUUGAAAAAGUGUUAUUGAACUUGUCGCUGCAGUAACAUAGGAUAAUGAAUUUUUUUCGAUCAGUUUAAUUUUAAUAGUUGUAAGUGUAUCAAUGUAUAAUUUGUCAUUAAAGGUC